UCCUUCAGAGGGAAGGUUUCAGAAACACUAACAGCAGAAAGAAGAGAAGAGAGACAAGAGAGGAACACGUUAGACAGACUGUUGGAUAGUUAGACUGUUGGUUAGUUAGACUGUGGGUUAGAUAGACUGUGGAUUAGAUAGAUGGUUAGGGUUGUUGUAGGUUAGUUAGUUAGUUAGUUAGUGCAGAUCUUCAUGGACCCGUCUGUGUGCAGCAGGAAGAGAGCUGUGCUCCAGUUGCACCAGGAGGCCAAGUGUCCGCCUCCAGCCUGGAAGAGAAGGCGCAGAGAGGAGGAGGAGGAGGAGGAGAUGAAGAGGAGGACAGGAGGAGGCUGUAAGGAGAACAGAGAUCCUGGAGAUCUGGAUAGCAACCUGAAGAGAGAACACAGACGCUUGUCCUCGUCUGGAAGCAGAACCAGGACCUCUGCUGGGACCGGAUCUGAGGCUGGAUUCAGGUCCGGAGGUAAGGUCCGGUUCUGCAGAGCUGACGUCAAAGUGGCCCAGAUCAGGAAGACCAGGACCCAGACCUCGGUCCGGACUGGGAAGCCCAGAGGGUCUGAAUGGGGUCCGGGUUUUAUUCUCCCUGACCAGACUAAUCCAGGAUCUACCGAGACCCAGACGGACCAGAGGAGAUGGACCCGGACCGCAGAGUCCUGGUCUGAGGCCCGGUCCCGGUCCACAGCUGGCCCGUCCUCAGAGACCAGGACCAGCAGCUCUGAGAGAGUCCUGGGUCCAUCCAGGACCAGGUCCGAGUCUAAGACCAGGACCAGGAGGAGGAGGAAGAUCCAGCCGUCUGUGUUCCAAGGCAGAGGUCGGCUGCGGCUGUCUAUCUCUGCAGAGGCGGGACAACUCGUCGUCCACAUCCAUGAGGCAAGAGGGCUGAUGGGAGAAUCUCCAAGCUCCUACGUCAAGCUGGCAGUGACCUCUGACCUCAGCAUCAGGAUGAAGACUCCAACCGUCUUGAACAACAAGAACCCAGAAUACAACCACAAGUUUACACUGUGUGUCAGCGAUGACGUCGUCCCCAACAGGUUGUUGGUUUCAGUCUUCAGCAGCUGCCGUCAGCUGAUUGGCUGUAUGAGCUUUGGGAUUGGUUCCUCUCAGCUCAUCUCCGGUUGGUUCUACCUGCUGGGGGAAGAGUUUGGGCGGAGCAAACACCUGAGAGUGACAUCACAGCGGAACAAGCCAAUGAGGAGCCCGGAGGACGGUCCAGUACGCUGCGCAGAACUCAGAAGCACUCCAGACCCGGCUCCAGAAACCAACGUGAACCGCACCGCUGCCCCGCUGAACCACAGCGCCGCCCUGAACCGCAGCACCACUGGACCGAGAGACCGAACGAGCCCCGGCCUCACUCUCUCCAGAACCAACACCAAAACCAGCAGCUUCGGCGUCGGUCCGGCCAGCAGCGUCCACAGCCGCUGCGUCUCUACACAAAAAGCCGACUCCACCCAGCGCCAGGUGACCCGGGACAGUGGCAACACCCGCCGGCUGACUGUGAGCAUUGAUCGAGGAAACGAUGGAUUUGGAUUCACGAUCUGCUCCGACUGUCCAGUCCGAGUCCAGGCUGUCGACGCUGGCGGCCCGGCUCAUCAGUCUGGUCUCCGCCAGGGAGACUCGGUCCUGCAGCUGAACGGACUUCCUGUAGAAACCUGGAAGUGUGUCGACCUCGCCCACGCCAUUAGGAGUAGUUUGUCUCAGAUUGUGUUAGUGGUGUGGAGAGGUUUACCUGAGCUCCGGCCGACACACAGCCAGACGACAGGCAGGAAGCUGCUGCCUCCCCCCGCCCACAGUAAACAUGGCCGUCGGCGGGGCCAGGGCUCGGGGGUGCGGUCCAGUUUUGGGGCUCUGGGGUCUCUGUGGAGGGACAGGAAGGAGGAGCAGGAGCAGGAAGAGGAGGAGGAGGAGUACCCGCCUCGCUCCACCACGCUCACCCGUGUGACAUCAUCACAAGGAGACAAUUACAUCAUCCUGUCACCUGUCAACCCCAGAGGACAGCUGCUGCAGACGGUUUACCACGACAGGAACGCCACGAUUGGGCGUCUGUACCAGACUCACCCCAGGAGAGGGCAAAACCUCCUCCACGACCCUCCACCCGAAUCGUCACAGCGACCGUUCCCCGGCUGCCCCCCACUCCCCUCUGCAUCCUCUUCAUCAGCCCCACCCUGUAACUACGGCAACUACCAGAACUGCACCAUCGUCCAAUCACACCUGCCCUGCUCUGCGUAUGGAAGCUACGUCACCCUGCCGCCCAAAACCCUCAUCUUCCCUGUCUUCGUCCAGCCUUUGGAUCUGUGCAGCCCGGACAGAACCCUGCUGAUGUCAGAGGAGAUGGUUCUCCACCAGGCAGACCUGCUUCCUGCAAAGGUGACCGUGUUGAUCUACAGUGACCUGCUGCUGUUCACCAGAGAGGACGAAGCUGGACGUUGCAACGUCCUACAGAGUCCACUCUACCUGAACACACUGCAGCUCCGAGAGGUGUCGUCGGAGCCCUUGCAGAUCUACUUCCUGCAGAGCUCCCAGAUGUGCUGGCGUUGUCUGUUCAGUCUGGAGGCAUUCAGCUUUGAGCAGAAGGUCAGAGUCCGUCUCUGUCUCCAUGACAACAUCCAACUACAGCUGGUUGCCACGGACACAAGACACAGCCACCAGCCCUCAGACCUCCCCUCAGACUUUGGCCUCCUCUCCCUCGCCCAGUCCGACCUCCUCUAUCGUCCUUCCUCUCCCUACUCCUCUGAUCCUCCUCUGCUCCCUCCUUCCUCCCUGUCUCCUUACUCCCCCGGCUCUCCCUUCUCCUCUCUCUCCCCUCACACCUCCUCCUCAUCCUCCUCCCCUCCUUCCAGGACUGUCCCCCCCCAGCCUCCCCUCCUCCCCCAGCAUCCCCUGCCCUGCCCCCCCCUCAGGAGUCCGGUGUGGAAGGAGAGAGGUGGAGGAGCGGAGGAGGAGCGUCAACAGGGGGAGGGGGAGAGCGCCUCGGAAACCUCAGAGAACGUGGGAGGAGGAGUCAGGGGGCGAGUUCUCCUCCACUUCAACAUGAAGGAAGAGGAAGAGGAGGACAGUGAUGGAGACGAAGAGGAGGAGGAGUUCUCUUCCAGCUACAGACCUGAAGCUCUGCGGCGCUCUCUCUCGGAGGGUUCUCUGCUGCAGGAACCUCGGUCUCCCCGCUUCCUGUCUGACAGCACCAUCCAUCAGCUCACCCGCCCUGCAACCUCUGACCUCGACCUUGGGACAGGCCCCGCCCCCUGGCGCCCCUCUGUCGACACCUUGAGGAAACAGCUGACCAGAGAAGGAGGGUCUCUGCACCACAUGCUGCUGCUGCUCAACGGCACAAAGGAUACGGAGUUCAGAAACCUUCGACUGAGGAAGAAGACCAAGAGUCUAGCCGCUGACGUCCGGAGCCGACUGCUGUUUCUACGGAGACCCAAAAACAGUAGUGGUGUCCAUGGUAACAGUUUGGAGAAAGCUCUGAGAAACAACAGACCAUCCACGAGGGAGGUGCUCAGGUGGGCGGAGAGUCUGGAGGCUCUGCUGACCAAUCAGUAUGGUCUGGCGGUGUUCCGGCACUUCCUGAGGUCAGAGUUCAGUGAGGAGAACCUGGACUUCUGGUUGGCUGCGGAGACAUUCAAGAGGACACGCCCCCUCAGCAAGAUGGCCGCCAGAGCUGCGAAAAUCUAUGAUGAGUUCAUUUCUACCAAUGCAGCAAGACAGGUCAACGUGGACUCUUCUGUCAGAGAAUCGACCAAACAGGCCCUGCGUCUGGGCGUUAACGUCGCCUCCUUCCAGCUUGCCCAGGAUCAGAUUUUCAGCCUGAUGGAGAGCGACAGCUACCCACGAUUCCUCAGGUCCCGCCUCUACGCCCAGCUGGCCAACCAGGGCUCACAGACAGCCACACAGUCGGCCAAUCAGAGCGCAGCUGUGUCUGUAGCUGUUGGCCAAUCAUAAAGGAGGAGGAGAUACAGGCUGACCAUCCAGUCAUCUAUUUAGACGAUAAAAGAAACUAUCGAGUUGCAUUAUGGGAAAUGUAGGAUACAGUGUUUUUGGCUAAAUGACUGCUCAGAUUUAAAUAUUUCUUUUUAAUCCGUCUCUCACAAAAACAUUUACUUUAUAGUUUUAAAUCAACACAUUAAAUCAUUUUAGGAUUCUUAGAAUAAUCAAUUCAUAAAACUUCUCUUUAUCCCGUCAAACGUUUGUUUGGGUUUUACUCAAAUAAAAUGUUUGUCAUACAAAACUGUCAGAUUUUAAGUUAGCUUAUUGUGGAGUAAACAUAAAUCAGAAUAGUAUAAUAUAUAUAUAUAUAGUAUAAGUAUCAGCCAGACAUG